AUGUCGAGUAGUAUAUAUUAUAAGUUUCGGUCGCAAAAGGACACACUGCGGGUGGGUUUUGACGGUACAGGGAUUACUGUUUUUGAUUUGAAACGAGAGAUUAUCAAUGACAACCGGAUGGGUGACGGUACAGAUUUCCAAUUGAAGAUCUACAAUCCGGAUACGCUUGAGGAAUACGAAGACGAUACGACAGUGAUCGGUCGGUCGAGUAUGGUGAUUGUGAAGCGGAGUCCCAGUGUGAAGUUGUCGGUGAAUGGGAAGAGUGUGAUUGGUAAUGCAACGAGAUACGUUGCUGGUAAGCCGAGGUUGAUGAGCAAACGAAACGGGGGUCCUAGCAGUAUUGGUAGUGCCGCUGGUGUGAGAAACGGUCGGCCAAACGCACUUGCCAAUGUCGAGGGCCAGACAGAGGAGGAGAGAAUUGCGAAUAUGUUUGCAAACCAGGAAACUCAGUGGGAACAAACGCAGCAGGAGAUGUCGCAAGCACAGCCGAUCUUCCAGCAACGGAAUGGGCCAGGGUCUUCUCAGCACGAUUUGGAGCCUCCUCCACCGGGAUAUAUGUGUUAUAGAUGUGGUGGGAGAGGUCAUUGGAUCAAAAAUUGUCCGACGAAUAACAAUCCAAACUUCGAAGGUAGGAGGAUCAAACGUACCACUGGUAUUCCGAAGAAGUUCUUGAAGAGUAUCGAAAUCGAUCCAUCCUCGAUGACGCCUGAAGAGAUGGCGGAGAAGAAGAUCAUGGUGACAGAUGAGGGUAAAUUUGUUGUGCAUAUGGCGGAUCAAACGUCGUGGGAGGAUUACCAGAGACGGCAGCAACAACAGAAUUAUAUGAUGUCUCAAGAGGACAAACUAUACAUGAAGGGACAAUUUCCUGACUUGCCGGAUGAGUUGAAAUGCCCCUUGACUGGAGGCCUACUAAGGGAGGCGGUAAAAUGUUCCAAAUGUUGCGGGAAGAUUGUUUCAAGACUUGCCAUGGAGGAUGCUCUUUUGGAGUCAGACUUUGUUUGUCCACUUUGUCACUCACCAGACGUGCUACUUGACUCUUUGGAACCGGUAGACGAUGUUCAAGAGAAGGUCAAUGCGUUUAUCAAGGAGAAUAAGAAACGUGUGUUAGAAGAUGAUCAGAAUAGACAGAAUAGCGGCGCUGCUAACGAUAACGGAGAGGCAAUUGUUUCUGAAGCUGUAGAAAACGAUGCAAAGAAACCAAAACUCAUGGCUCCACCACCACCUCCAGUACCGUUCAUGCCAUUCAUGUUCCCAAUGAAUCCCUUUUUCGGCGUACCGCCAGCAAGUCAGCAAUCACAACUCUCCAAUCAACAGCCGGGGUCAAGCGAUUCGAAGGAAUCUGGUUAG